GUGACGGAGCGGGUGAUUUUCCUGGUGCGCUGUUACAUCAACGAGCCUCGUCUCGAGCAUGAAGGGGAGGCUACAUGCUAGUGUAGCUCUGCUAGUUAGCUUCAUGUAGAGUAAAGCGAUCCGCUGGCUUCGUGGAGCAGGAGCCUAGCUAGCUAGCCACAGACACAGUGGUCCAUCUCCUCUGGACACAGGAAGCGGUCUUUAAGCGUGCUCUUUUAAAAGCGCGGAUAACCUUCACUCGUGAGGACACACGGCCCGUUUACGAUUCAUUAACCCGGAUAAAAGUUAGCAUUUAUAAAAGGUCCAGAUGGAAAAGAAAGUUCGGAACCAGGACAUUAACCCAUGCAUCGAACAAAGUGAUGCCUCCCGUAAGUGUUUGGACGUCAACAACUAUGAUAAGAGCAAGUGUUCAGCCUAUUUCAAGACAUAUAAGGACUGUAGGAAAUACUGGCACAACGUAAUGGUGGACAGAAGAAGAAACGGGGUGAAACCUGAGAUGCCCUCUGCUGCAGAGAGGCUGGAGAUGCUUGCUGCUAUUGGAGGCAAACCAUACUGAGAGUCAGCAGGGACACACAAAGACACUGUAAAGAGCAGUAGGCCCAGGAACCGUGAAGCUACGAAACAGCAGUGACUGGGCGUAUACUGAUCUGGUCUCAAGCUCGGCUCAUGUUAAAGGGACAUUUGUAGAUGGACUUUAUUCUACAAUAACACUGAAGGGUGGAGUUUAAAGAGCGACAAGAUAUGAAAUGGAUUAUUUAUUGAGGUGAUUAAUGUGUCAUGAACUGACACAUAAUGAAAAUAAUUAAAGAUCAUUUAAAGCAGUUGUUUUUGUUUAAUGAAGAAGUUCCGGGGCCUGUUCCAGAAAGCGGGUUUAACAAACUAUAACCAUGGACUCUGAGUUGACCAUCGCUGAGAUGACAACAGCUGGAUGUUAACUCUGUUAAGUCCAUGCAUGCUGAAUGCAAAAAGCCUAGUCAAUGGAGCUUUGAUAUUACGACUAAAUACAGAGAAGAGCCUUCAUAUUAAUCCAGUUGAGCCAGAAAUAUAAAUAUGUGACCCUGCACAUUUAUAUUUAAAGGACACUGUAGCAGCAGUGAAAAUUGGUAAUGUAAUACUUUUUCAUUUUAGUCAAUCCAUUGUUCAUUAAUUAGCAGAGUUACAUUUUUUUAAUUGUUUAUGAAACUAGUAUCCCAAUGUACAGUGCUGUGAAAAAGUAUUUGCCCCCUUCCUGGUUUCUUAUGUUGGUGCAUUUUUGUCACACUUAAAUGUUUCAGAUCAUUAAACCAAUUUUUAUAUUAAACAAAGAUAACCAGAGUAAAUACAAAUCCAGUUUUUAAAUGAUGAUUUCAUUUAUUAAGGGAAAAAGCUAUCCAAACCUACCUAGCCCAAUGUGAAAAAGUAAUUGCCCCCCAUGAUAAAUCAUGAAUGAACUGUGAUUAACAACAUUUUUUGGAAAGCUGAAUUCAAUUUCACUAGGUACACCCAGGCCUGAUUUCUGCCAGACCUGUUGAAUAAACAAAUAACUUAAAUAGAACUUGUCUGACAAAGUGAAGUAGGCUAAAAGAUCUAAAAAAGCAACACAUCAUGCGGCAAUCUAAAGAAAUUCAAGAACAGAUGAGAAACAAAGUAAUUGACAUGUAUCAGUCUGGAAAGGGUUUCAAAGCCAUUUCUAAGGCCUUCCCAGGAGUGGCUGGCCUACCGAAAUUACUCCAAUAGCACAUCGACCACUCAUCCAGGAGGUCAUAAAAGACCCAAGAACAACGUCUAAGGAACUGCAGGCCUGACUUGCAUCAGUUAAAGUCAGUUUUCAUGAUUCAACAAUAAGAAAGACACUGGGCAAAAAUGGCCUCCAUGGGAGAGUUUCAAGGCGAAAGCCACUGCUGACCAAAAAGAGCACAAAGGCUUGUCUCACAUUUGCAAAAAAUCAUCUUGAUGAUCCCAAAGACUGGGCCAAAAUUCCUCCACAGCGAUGUGAAAGACUUAUUGCCAGUUAUCGCAAAUGCUUGAUUGCAGUUGUUUUGCCGCCAAGGAUGGCACAACCAGUUAUUAGGUUUAGGGGGCAAUUACUUUUUUGCAAAAGGCCAGGUAGGUUUGGAUAGCUUUUUUCCCUUAAUAAGUGAAAUCAUGAUUUAAAAACUGGAUUUUGUAUUUACUUGGGUUAUCUUUGUCUAAUAUUUAUUCAUUGACUUGUUGUAAAUUUAAACACAGUUACUUAAAUCUUUUCUCAAAAUUAUUUUAACCUUUUAUCUACAGUAACAGAACUGGCUUUUCUGUUUCUGAAAUGGCAAACUCAUUAAUAUCCUCAACUCAAGAUGAAGAAACUCAUUCGUUUUCACUAAACCUGCUUUAUUAUAUGCAGAUUUAAUCAUGAAUGUAUUAAGUGCUUAAAAGGUAGACAUCAUCCAGUUUUAUUUACAUGCAGCCUAAAACAAUGUUUCAUAUUUCAAUCAAAUGAUGUUGGAGUCAAUCUCAACAGUGAUGGAUUUCAGCUGUGGUCUAUCCUUUAUUUAAAAGUAGGGUGUAGGUGAUAUUUGUUGGGAUGUAUUUUGCAUCUUCCUCAGACUGAUCUUGAAUCCGGUCAGAUAUCAUUUGAAGCUGUAAGUCUUUAAGUGUUGAUCUCCUUAAUAAAUCAGAGACAUCUGACACGGAGUGGUAGCAGCCAUGAGGUGAUAUGUUUUCAA